AAUACUCUAAUCUCUAAAUAAAUAAGGAAACGUCACUUUACGGCUCACCGUAUUUAUUAAUUUUUGUAUAUUUUGUUUUUUUUUUAAAGUCUAAGUUAAAAGUUGGUAUAAUGCUUUUAAAAAAGUAUAAAUUAUAAUACCUUGCAAUAAUAACUUCUAUGUCUAAUAACUUUUCCAAGAAUGGAAUCAAAUAGUGUUGUUCUAUGUGACAAUCUUAUUAAAUGGUUGCAGACCUUAAAUCUUACUGCGAAACAUGGAACACCUUCAGAACUAUCAGAUGGUGUAGCAAUAGCUGAGGCACUCACCCAAAUUGCACCUGAAUAUUUCUCAAUAAGUUGGAAUUCUAAAAUUAAAACAGAAGUAGGCCAUAACUGGCGACUGAAGGUCAGCAAUUUGAAAAAAAUAUUAGAAGGUGUUGUUGAUUACCAUCAAGAUAUUUUGAAUUUGAGUUUACAAGAGUUUUCUAGACCAGAUGUUGUCAAUAUUGCUGAACAUGCAGACCCAUCAGACUUGGGCAGGCUACUGCAAUUGGUACUUAGCUGCGCAGUCAACUGUAUUAAGAAAGAGGAAUACAUCACGCGAAUUAUGGAUUUGGAGUUAUCGUGCCAGCGUUCGAUAAUGCAAGCGAUACAGGAAUUGGAGACCAUAACUCUGGGCACAAAUCGUGGUAGUAUACAUUCAGAGACGACGACCGGCGACCAGACAGAUGUUGACAUGAGAGAGGUGCUCGCGCAAAGAUGUCACGAGCUCGACACACAGGUGAAAAUUCUUCGCGAGGAGAAGAUGACGUUGCUGAGCGAGGUGAGCCGGCUGACGGCGGCGCGCGAGGCGGAGGGCGGCGCGGGCAGCGAGCUGGACGAGGCCGGCGCGUCGCUGGGCCCCGCGCACGCCGGCACGCUGCGCUACAGCAACAUGCGCGCGCAGCUCGACGCGCUCAAGGACGAGCUGGACAAGGUGGAGCUGCAGCGCGACGACCAGCGCGCGCGCGCCGACGCGCUCGAGCGGGACCUCGCGCUCACCAAGCUGAGGAACGAGGAGUUGCAGAUGGCGGCAUCGGAGAAUGUGGCUCUGAAGGAUGAAGUGGAUGCGUUGAGAGAGACGGCCGCCAAAGCGGCCGCCCUGGAGGCCACCGUCGCGUCUUAUAAGAAGAGGAUGGAAGAACAUGUCGAUCUAAGGAGACAGGUGAAGCUGUUGGAGCGCGCGAACACGGAGCACGUGCAGCGCGCCAUCGAGCACGAGCAGGCCGCCACGCGCGCGCAGACUCUGCGCUCGCAACUCGACAUCUACAAGAAACAGGUGACAGACCUGAACGAGAAACUGGACGCGGAGAUAACGAAAGCGGAUAAGCUGGAGAUCGAGAACAAGAAGAUGAGCAGUCGCGCGGCGUCGCUGCAGCGCGAGCGGGACGCGCUGCUGCACGAGCGGGACACGCUGCGGGAGACCGUCGACGAGCUGCGCUGCUCCACCAUCACCGCCGGUUCGAGUGAAGAUAACGUUUCGCGAGAGCUGAUACCGAACGACUUGAAGGAACGACUGAUACGACUGGAGCAUGAAAAUAAAUUGUUACGGCAGAAUCAAGGUGCCCAGGCCGACGAAGCGUCCGUGCAGGCCCUGCUGGAGGACUACGCGGCGCGGCUGGAGAAGCAGCGCGCACUCAACCGCGAGGCCACCGCGCGCAUCAUGCAGCUCGAGGCCUCGCUCGAGGCGCCGCACCCGCGCCUCGCCUCCGCGCUCGAGGACAGCCAGAGGAAGUCGCUUCAAGUGGAAGAGUUACAGGCGACGUUGGCGGAAGAGAGACGACGUGCGAGCAAAUUGCAGGAGGCGCUCUCCGCUCGAGAGGCCGAACUUUUGGCCACCGAGGAUAAGUACAAGAAAUGCGUCGAGAAGGCGAAGGAAGUGAUCAAGACUCUCGACCCUAGGACGACAGGCCAACAGUCUCUAUCCGACGUCACGCUGGGCUACUCGCGUGGUCCCGGAAACGCGAGCGCUAACGCGUCACGCGGAGAGCCCGUGGCUACCAAUAAUAAUAGACACGAGUGGAGCGGCAGCGGGAGCGAGGAGAGCGGCCGCUGCGCCAACGAGCAGCGCCUGCUGGCGUCGGCGUGGUACCAGCUGGGCGCGCGCUGCCACCGCGAGGCCGUGGAGUCGCGGUUCGCGCUGCUGUCGGCGGGACACUCGUUCCUGGCCCGCCAGCGCCGCCAGCCGCCCCGAGCGCGCCCGCCCGCCGCCUCCGCGCCCGCGCAGUGACCGCGACCCGCGCCCUAGCGUCGUCAGCUCGCAGGGCUGUGUCGUUAGACCGACGGCGGGACCGCCAGUGAUACUUCUCUGUGAGAUGUGAUUUGAACCCACUUUGGUGACUUCUUUAAUAAAGAAGUCGGUUUAUUCUACCCGUAUUCCGCCAUUAUUGAUUUUAAACAUUUUGUUCAGUACAUAAUUUGCAUCACACUAUUAUGUAAACAGGUUAAAUAAAAAGUACGGAAAGAUGUUAAAUAAUAUAAAUUUAUUUUAAGUUACCGCUGUUUUGUCAAUUAUCAGCAUUUUUAUAUAGAGAAAUAAGCCUUUACGAAUGGUAAACUUUGACUAACCGUCAUUAGAAAAAGCAGAAAAAUUAUAAUAACGUAUCUGAGAAUGGAUGACGUUCAAAUAUGCAGAUUGACUUUUCUUAAGAAAACAUCAUCGUGGGCAGCAAACGUCAUUGUAUAAAACUAAAACCUUAUUAAAAUAUUUUUUGAAAUAUCUAAUAUAAGCAUUAUUCCAUGCCUUUUAUACACUGUUUAUAUCUCAGUGGAAUUGUUAGGGAGAUUAUAGUGUUUGUUAUUCGAGUAUUAUUUUAUCCAUUUAUAACAUAAUAUGAGUCCACUCUAAAAACUAUUCAUCCUGACUGAAAAGUUGACUCGUUUAUAGGACAGCUAAUUCUGUACACCGCUAGUGCUAUCCUAUCAAUAAAAUAUCCUAUCAUGAAUUGCCGUCUCACCUACCUAGGUGUGUCUGUAUCCCUGCUCUACCCAGUAUAAAAUCGCAAUGAUCCUUCAAGUCGUAACGAUGGCCUGAUAAUGUCCUCUUGUAUGAAAUACAUUUAAUUAGAACUAACACAAUAUUUGUAUAUAAAUAUAUGCAUAAAUCAUUGUUGUUAGAGAAUACGGAUUUUAUAUGAAAAUUAUAAAUACUUAUGAUCGUCUACAUAUAUGUACAGUUUAUGUAAAGAUAGAGUAAGUACGAUGUGUUCACGUAAAUGUAAUUAAGAAAUAAUUCAGACAUGAGACCAUCUUUUUUAUUUAGACAGAACCAAUUGUUUAAUAGAUGUUGAUAAUGUUUCCAAUGUAAUUCAUAUAAUUUCAUAAUUGCCAUGCUUUUUGGCUCGAGCUAACUCUGCCUUCUUUUUUCCGAAUCAUAGAGUAUUUAAUUUAUACUUAAAACGAUAUAUAUUAUAUUAUAUAGUAUUGAAGUGUAAUACAGUAAGUGUCAAAUAUGUUUCGAACAAAACACCUUAUUUUUAAAAAAUAGUAAAAUUUUCAAACAAUUAUUUUUAUCAGUAAAACAUUUAAAAGGGUGUGUUUUACAAAUGUGCGUUUUAUAUUUAAAUGUAUGUUUUAAUAUGGUGCAAUAGAGAAGAGUGAAAGUUAAGUAUGUUUGUAACACCAACGGACUCAAACAGUUGUAUGGCUUCAAAACAAUCCUGUUUAUGUCGAUUACGUCAUGGAAGAGAAUUUAGGUACAUUUUUAUAUAUAUUUAGUAAAAUAUAAUCAUUAAAAAAAAUAUUCUAACAAAAUAUGUUAUUAUAAUUUGCUCAUUAUUAAAGACCUUACCCUGUACUAAGUAAAACUUAGUUUUAUAUUUUGUAUUGUAAUAAUAGGAAACACGCAUAAAAUUUUAUUUCUUUCAUAGUAGUUACUGCUGUGAGACAGUGUAUCGAGGUCACUGUUAUAUCAUUGCACCUCACUCCGAAAAUAGUAAAUGUACACAUGUUUUCACAAGUAUUUAUGAAAAUUAGUAUUUUGUAUUUUAUUUAAAUGCAAACAUUUAAUUUCGUUUCUUUCAUACUAAAAAGAAAUUUAUUAUUAGCAUAGACACGACGCGUUUUCCGGGGACUAGUUAUUACAUUUAGAGAUUAUAAAACGACAAAUUUAACAAAUAUUGGUGCAUUUGUAUUAUUUAUUAAGAAUUAAGUUAACUUUUCCUUAAUAAAAUGUUUUUUUUUUACAUAUAUCUGAAGUUAUUUAGUGUCAACAUUUUGACAUAUAAAAUUUAACAAAUAAACAAAAUAGAAAAUAUUAACUACUGUGUAGAGAUAUUAUAUUUUUGUUAUAUUCAUAACGAAUAUAUAGUAU